CGUCACCUCACUUCCUGGUACAACCCGGAUUUCGCGCUGCCUAAACACGAAGGAUUAUUUUGAGACUUAGAGAAGCAAUGAUAGUGUAAUAUAUAUUGUAACGUUUCAAGUUGGUGUAACUAAACUACGCACGCUCAAAGACAUUAAACACAUUUUGCCAGUGAAUGCAAAACAAGUUUAGUUUUAGAGUCUUUUCCACUCUGGCCGGAACUUUCCUUCGGUUACAUCUUUAACGUUACACGGAAGAUUAUUAACGUAGCUAAAAUAUGUUGGCGUGGUCACGUGUGUUUUGAAACGUUUACACGACUGGGACGGAGCAGGCGGCUGGACGGUAUAACAAGUUUAACAUCGGCACUCGCCGCAUUUAUACCCGUUGAUAACCCCUGUCUACUCCAGCCAUUGCUUUAUUUUAAUAUUUGCUAGCUUUGGCUAACGUUAGCUUGUACCAGACACCGCUGUGGAAGUCGGAUCCCGCUUUCGCAUGUGGAUUGUACCAAAUUCGGGUUGAGCUAUACGUUGGUACCGUUAGUGGUGUCUGUGUGUGCAGAUUCGGUUAAAUCAAAGUUAUCGUUACGGCUUAGUCAAGCAAAAGUAACGUUAAAGAUGGUCUUCUUCACCUGCAACGGCUGUGGUGAAUCCCUGAAAAAAGCCCAGGUUGAUAAACACGUGAAUAUGUGCCGGGGGUGCCAGGUCCUGUCCUGCAUCGAUUGUGGAAAAGACUUCUGGGGUAACGACUACAAGAACCACAAUAAAUGUAUCAGCGAGGAUCAGAAGUAUGGAGGCAAAGGCUACGAGGCUAAGGCAAAUAAAGGAGACGUGAAACAGCAGCAGUGGAUCCAGAGAGUCCAUGAAGCCAUGAACAAACCUGGAGUCAGUGCAAAGCUAAAGGAUGUGCUCCAACAAGUCAGUUCGUAUGAUAACGUCCCAAGAAAGAAGGCAAAGUUUCAGAACUGGAUGAGAAACAGUCUUAAAAUAGCUAACACAAGUCUUCAUGAUGAAGUGUGGGACAUCCUCGCUGCAGCUGACAAUCCUCCUGAGGCCCCACAGGAGACUAAAGAAGCAAAACAGACAGCGGCUGAAGUCAAAGUAGACACUAAUGGAAAUGAAGAGCAGAAUGGCCAUCCAGACGCUAAGAAGAAGAAACUGAACAAGCGGGAGCGUAAAGAGGCCCGUCAGCAGAAGGACAGGAAGGCUGUUAAGACAGUUGCACAGGACAUAGAAGACGACCAGGCAGGAAAAAAGGGCAGAAAGAGAAAGAACCGCUGUGAAGAAGACGGAGAUGAAGAACAGAACGGGCACUCUGCUGAAAAUGAGACAUCCAGCAAGAAAAUUAAGACAAUUGACCAAGCUGCAGAGGAGUCAGAGGAGACAGAGGAUCAAGCAGUUCCCAAAGGGAAAUUUAAUUGGAAGGGAAAUAUCAAGGCUGUACUGAGAGAAUCACCUGACCAGGAACUGUCAGUAAAGAAACUCAGGAAAAAGGUGUUGGCAGCGUACUACUCUUUCACUGGUGAUGGAAAUUUUAAAAAGGAGGAGGAAGUGCUAGCACUUUUCAACAAGAAGAUCACCAACAAUCCCAAAUUUAGAGUCUUAAAAGACAGAGUUAGACUUGUAAAGUAGACAUGCUUAUCUCACCAGCUGACAUGAAAUGUAUGUUGUUCAUAGAAUUUUACAAUUUAAAAGCCAUUGUUGUCUGUCAUCCUCCCUUCGAUGUUUUAUACAGAUGACAUAAUCUUGAAGAUUAAAUCAUUUUAUAACUGAA